CUGACGGCAAACAAUGGCGGCCCCCGGUGGGAACGAUUAGAUAAAUGUUUUGUAAUACCUAUUUUCACAGCAAUUUACCUAUUGUUCUGAUACUUCUGCAAUAUUGAAAACUGUUUCGUGACCAGUAAAACGGAUCACAUUGUUAAUUCUGAUAUGAGGGCAGUUGUUGYCAUGAAACUUUGACAUGUUGGCACAGAAACUGCACCUGCUCCGACACAACGUCCUGUCAUUUGUAUCCUCUCGGACUGGCAGUGACCUCACCAGGCGCCAGUAUGAUGUCAUCGUGGUGGGGGGAGGACAUGCUGGGACUGAGGCGGCGGCCGCAGCAGCCAGAUUGGGAGCAGAGACCCUCCUCAUUACCCAGAAGAUCAUGACUAUCGGGGCCCUCUCCUGUAACCCCUCUCUGGGGGGCGUGGGGAAGGGCCAGUUGGUGAGGGAGGUGGAUGCUCUGGACGGUCUGUGUGGGCGAGCAGGCGACUGGGCCGGGGUCCACUUCUCCAUCCUAAACCGCAGCAAAGGGCCCGCUGUGUGGGGCCCCCGGGCACAGCUGGACCGGGAACGCUACCGCCAAUUCAUCCAGUCAGAAUUGCUGUCCACUCCCAGGCUGACAGUGUUGGAGGGCUCAGUGGAGGAGUUGCUGGUGUCACAACCCAACCCAGAGGAGCCUGGACACCACAGAGUCACUGGGAUAAGACUGGUGGAUGGAAGCCACCCCAUCUUGUCCAGCUCAGUGGUACUUACCACUGGCACUUUCCUGUCCGGCUCCCUCUUCAUGGGCCAAACCACCUCWCCCGGGGGGAGGAUGGGGGACGCCCAAUCAUGUGCCGGACUUUCAUACACACUGAAAGAGACAUUGGGGUUGAGGGUGGGUCGGCUGAGGACUGGCACACCCCCUCGGAUAGUGAAGGAGUCCGUAGAUCUGUCCUUGGCUCAGCUUCAAGCCCCGGACAAACAGCCCACUCCCUUCAGUUUUCUCAACACGCACACCCACUGCAAGCCAGAAGAGCAGCUCCCCUGCUACCUGAUCCACACCACACCUGGAGUGGAGAGAGUGGUCAGGGAGAGUGUCCACCUCAACUGUCACAUACAGCAGGACGCCAAAGGUCCCAGAUACUGUCCCUCCAUCGAGUCGCGAGUGCUGCGGUUUCCGGGGCGACGGCACCAGGUGUGGCUGGAGCCGGAAGGUUUGACCUCUGACCUGUUGUACCCCCAGGGCCUGUCCAUGACCAUGCCCCCUGACGUGCAGCUCCGCCUCCUUAGGGAGAUCCCCGCCUUGCACCGAGCCGAGAUCCGCACUCCUGGUUACGGGGUGCAGUAUGACUUUGUGUGCCCCACCCAGCUGACUCCGUCUCUGCAGGUGAAGAGCACUCAGGGGCUCUUCCUCGCGGGUCAAAUCAACGGCACCACGGGCUACGAGGAAGCAGCYGCACAAGGCUUGUGGGCGGGGGUGAAUGCAGGUCGGACGGCCCUCUCCCUGCCCCCCAUGGCACUGUCUCGUACCCAGAGCUACAUCGGGGUGCUGAUCGAUGACUUGGUGGGCCGAGGGGUGACAGAACCUUACCGCAUGUUCACUAGCCGCGCCGAGUUCAGAACCUACCUCAGGCCCGACAAUGCAGACCUCCGUCUCACCCCCAGAGGGUUUGAGGAGGUGGGCUGCGUGACUUUGCAGCGAUACRAGAAAGCAGUAAGUGUGAGGGACGGCCUCCAGGAAGCCCUGAUGGCCCUGCAGUCCGUGGCUCUAUCCUCCACCCGCUGGAGAGAGAAGCUGGGCAACAUCAGCCUGAGUGAGAACAAGAGCACCACCUUAAAUGGUUUGGAUCUGUUGCAAUACAAAGAUGUGUCCUUUGAAAUGUUGGCCUCCGUCUUCCCAGAGUGCCUUUCACAAUAUUUUGAGUACUCACAACGACUCAAGAUUGAAGCUGUGUACAGACCCCACUGCGAGAAGCAGAGUCGAGAGAUGGAGAGAAUACGGAGGGAGGAAAGUCUGUCUCUCCCCUCUGACAUGGACUACCUCUCCUUACCAGUGUCCCUCUCUCAGGAGGUCAGAGAGAUACUGGACCGAGUCAGGCCCAACACUCUGGGCGCUGCUACCCGUCUACCAGGCAUGACUCCUGCUGGGAUCAUCCACCUUCUCAACUAUGUCCUCAGGGCCGGGCAGAGGAACAGACACACAGAGCACAGAAACCGAUCGAGCCAAAAAGAGGGGGAAAAGGGACAGCUGUGUGCAAGCAACAUACCAAUAUCUCAGUGAAAUAAUGUCUAAGAUUUUUUUUUUU